AUGUAUGCAUCUAACGACGAGGUACUGACCCUGGAGGGUCAAGUGAAGUCAUCAAUGGAUGUAAACUUUGAGGCUAACGAGGUUCAUGCACCUAACAACGAGGUACUGACCCUGGAGGGUUGGGUGAAGUCACAAGUGGAUGUUGUCUUUGAGGACAACGAGGUGCAUGCACCUGGUGACGAGGUACUGGCCCAAGAGGGUCGGGUGAAGUCACAAGUGGAUGUUGUCUUUGAGGACAGCAAGGUGCAAGCACCUCAUGGCAAGGCAAUGACCCAAGAGGGUGGGGUGUAG